UCUUUCCUCUCCGUGCUUCGUCAUUCAUGGUUUUAAACAAGCGCCUUUGUACGUGGAAUAAUGGUUGAAAUCAGUCUGGCGCUUUGGCACAGCCAAUUGAGGGGGUUCUGAGAACACAAAACUCCCAGUCGGUAGACAGUGCUUGUGGCUUGAGAAACACCAAAGACAGAGAGGGAACGAGCGAGGGAGAAGCAAAGCAACUGGGAGGUGGCGCAUUCUGGGAGUUGUAGUUCCUAUAGCUCAGUAUUCCCAAACCUCCACGGGACUCUGGACUUCAUUUCCCAGCCGCCUCUGCGCCGCGGAGGCGGCAAGGGGUGGGGACUCUCGAUGAGGGGUUGCGGCAGGGGGAGGGGGCCUGUGACUUGGGAGCAGCUGUAGCGGCUGCCAGGAGACGUUAUCUGCCGUUCUUGAGGGCCGAGGGAACCCUCGGGGCGCGCCGCCGCGACGGCCGUGUGAUCGCCGCGCGUGCCUGUGCUUGCCCUCUCUCCAGUCCACAGGCUCGUGGUGUCCGCCAUGGAAACGCAUCCGGCCGCCGUCGGGAUCUUCGGGCGCCGUGUCCCCGGCUCCCGGGAGCGAUGAGUGGAUAGGGGCUCGCCGCAGCACGCCUUCAACCGUGCUCCGCCGACCUGGGCAAGAAGGGUCGGUCGGGCGGUUGGCUGUGGUGUCUGCCCCGCGCCGCCCCGCCCCCUGGGGGCGCUGCCUGCCCCUCGCCUCGCCGCCCCGCCCCCUGGGGGCGCUGCCGAGGGGCGCCCACCUCCCAUGCCGCCGGGGAGCAGUGCCCCGCUUGGUGCUCGCCGCUGAAGCCCGGGACCCGCCCGCCGGCCCGCCCGCGCCCGUCGCCGCGCUGCUCUGAGCGGGCCGCCCCCUCACCGCGCCCCCCCUACCCCCGCCCAAGAUGUGGCACAACGUUGGGCUGACCCUGUUGGUGUUCGUGGCCACGCUGCUGAUCGUCCUGCUGCUGAUGGUGUGCGGUUGGUAUUUUGUAUGGCACCUUUUUUUAUCGAAAUUCAAGUUUCUGCGGGAACUGGUGGGAGACACAGGAUCCCAGGAGGGAGAUCAUGAGCCUUCAGGAUCUGAAACAGAAGAGGAUGCUUCAUUGUCUUCACACAGGAUCAGAUCUGCUCGCCAAAGGAGGGCACCUGCUGAUGAAGGCCACUGACCCCAACCAUCAUUCCGUCUUAGUGAAUGAUGGAGCCUCUGUCUUUAAUGACUUAGCUUUGCAAUUGCUAAAAUACUGAAGAACAUUUGUGCUUGGAUUGCAAGUCCAAUUAAAAAAGAAGAGAUUUACAUGUAAGCCAUAUGAAAAUAAAGGGAAUUAAAACCAAAUUGGACUGUUGCAAAUUUCAUCUUAAAGAUUAUCUUUUGCUUUACUAGCUUUUACUUAUAUACAAUGGCUCUUGGGUUUAUUGUUGGGUUUUUUUGGUGUGCUUUUUUUUGCACUUGUCUGAACCUGUUAAACAUUGCUGGUUUGAAAACUAUAUUUUAUUAGUUCUAUAAUGUAGUUUCUCCCACACACACACUUGUCUGAAAUUGGGACGCAACUCACCAUUACUGUCAACCAGGCAAUAGUUGAUGUAAUUAUCUUGUGCGUGUGUGAACUUACAGCUUGUCAUAGCAUCAUCACUCUAUUGUUGGUAUCAAAUGUGUCCGAUUUAAAUGGCAUUUUAAAAUGUCUUCUAAAGAUUACGCUUUGAUUCAGCACUGAAAUGAAAAGUUAUUGUGUAUGCAAAAAAGCAUGGAAACAGAGCAGCGGAACAAAUAUCUGUUGUUGGAGGAAUGACUGCAAUUCCAUAUUUUAUUGAAAAGCAACAAAAUGCUUUUAACAGGCCCUAAGAAGGGAAGAUAUCCUCAAGUAGAUAAAGCUGUACUACAUUUUGUCACUGAGACACAUGCAAAAGGAUUGCCUGUCACGCGCUAAGUGAUGCAGUUGAAGGUGGGAGAAAUUGCCAAAACCCUUGAAACAGAUGAAACAGUUCAAAGCAGUGAGAUGCUGGUGUGAUCAAUCCAUGCGUUAAGCAGGACUCAUUCAGGUGUCAAAACACUGUUUUGUCCAAAGGUUCCUUCUGACAAGCAGAAGACAGUGGUAGAGCACUCCUUCAAGAAAUGGUGCAUAGCUGGUGCUCCUGAUGAUGCCAGGGGUGCUCUUGUGAGGAGGAAUGCAGGUGUCAAUGCCUGAUUUAAGAAGUGACUCAGAAGAGUUGGGCCUCAGGACAGGAAGUUAGAGUUACAACUUAACCAGUUUAUUUUGUAACACUAUGUAUGCACAAGACUGAUGUGGUGAGAAACUCUGUUUCAAUAAAUAUUAAUGUUCUAUUAUACAUGAUAUGGAAACAUUAUAUCAUAGUUUAAUUGCCUGUGUUUUUUUCUUAGUGAUACAUAUGGUGCCUCUUACAAGUGAUGGGAUCUAAAUUAAAAAGUAGCUUGUAAAUUUAUUUUUUCCUAAGAUACCAAUUAUUGCUAACUUAAUUCUGAUGCUUAAAAUGUUGUUAAAAUAGUUAUCCUUUAUGAGACACUUUUUUUUUUUGGCAACCUAUUCAAGACUUUAGAGUAGUAACUGAGGAAUCUAAGAACUGUCUUUUACAGUAGGAAGAGUAGGAUUAGUUACUCCUUUUGUAUGGGAAGACUUCAUACUCAAGGCACGUGUUGUGGAGAAAAAUACUUCUUCACAAGCUGCAAUUCAGUGACAAGAUCUCAGAGAAAUCGGGUAUUUGAAAAAAAAAAAGAGUGGGUGAAAAUGCCUACUUCACUGUAAAAUGACUCUUGCCAGGUUCGCAUGUUUGUCUUCACUGAACUUUGGACUGUGUGUUUACUGGAGAAGAGAUAAGGAUUAAAGAACCUUCCUGUUUAGUGUUACCGGCUUUGUACGAGUGAAUUGCAAAGCCAACUUAUUUUAUUCAUUCAGGUUCUUUUUUUAUGUUUUUAAACUUUGUUUCUAAAGAACUAGUAAUCACAGAAUAUCACCUUUACUAGGGUGUGUAAUUGUGUUUGGUACCUCAUACUUCAUGGUGAUAGUUUCAUUAAUUAACAACGCACUUGCUCUGCUCCAAGUGGUACUCCUGAUGCACACUUCUACUGUCAUUGUAGUCCUUUGUGUAUACAAAAAGGGACUUUACACAGCAUCAUUUCCUUAUUGGAUGCAAUUUUCUAUUUCUGUGUGACUGCAGGGAUUAAAAAACAGUGACACAAGUUUCAAGCAUUAAUUUUAGUGCUUCCUACUAGCUAAAUACUACAUUAAAAUGAUCAUCAUUUAGGGAGGAAAAAGCCUAAAAAGCUUCUUGGUACUGGGAGAAUUAAAUAAGAUCUUUCACUGUCUGGUAUUUUGAACUGUGGAUUCUGCUUUAUAAUGGAUAUCUUAGGUUUAGAUAAUAAUAGUUGCUGACAAACUGGUAGCUGGAGAGCUUCCAUGCUGUAUCAGUAUUAAAGAAUAAUGGGAGAUGUAACCCCCCCUGAAACCUGUAAGCACCAUCCACAAAUUAAACAAAUCCAUCCAUGUAAAGGUGUAUGUGUUGAUAUUAUUUAUUAAUAUUUAUGCUUCAAGGAUGUCUUUUUAAAAGGAAUUUUAAAAAAUUUUCUGCUUAUUUGGGAAACAUACUCAAGAGCAUAUUAAUAACUCAUAUCUUACCAUGCUUUAACUCAGGAGAGUUAAAAGAAAUCAUUGAUGCCAAUAUGAAAAUUCUACAAACUUUCCUUUGCUUAAAACUUUUCUUACUCUGUACCCCUCUUCUCCCAAGAUGCUCACUAUAGUACAUAUUUCAAAGGCAAGAGAAAUAGUUGCUAACACAGAAUUAUUUGUGUGGUAUAGUGUUUCUGGGUUUUUUUCUGGUUUUUUUUCCCCCCUGUUUUAGAGCUUUUGUAACUGGACUUAGCAGAACUUCCUAAGAGCAUUUUCAGUUUCUCAGUAGGAGAUGGACUAGCCUGUGGUUAACUUUAAAGUUUAGAAGGUUCUGAACAUUAAAAAAGCAUACAAGUAUGAGUCUUGUCUAAAUGCUCAUUAACAAUGACAAGUGGAUGUUGAUCAAGUAUGCCAUUUUUGAGGAGUAAUUCUAAAAUUGAGGACUGGUAGGUUGUUUCAUUUCCUUCCCAACUAACCAUUCUCAAGUCUUUCUCUUUGCCUCUGAACUUUUGUGAAAAUUGCCAGUAUCAAAUGUACUGGUAGCAUUGCUUUGAUUUCAAUGCCAAAAAACCCCACUAAACAUUUGUGUAGUGCUGUUAAAUGAGGUUUUUAAUAUUUACAUCAAGUUAAAAAUAGAAUUCAUCCAGUGGAUUUUGUAGUAUUGUUUCCAUGGUGGAAACAUAAAUAUGUUAUUUGGUGGAUAGCCAAUUCACACGUGUGCUGAUCCUUUUCUUUAACUAUUGUUAGGUUUAAAAACAGCUUCAAACUGUUAUUUUGUUGCAAGUUAAGAAUAUAUUAAAUAAUGGUUUCACAAAUACGGCAUUUUAAACCAAAAUGUGUUAAAUGAUCUGAAAGUAGUGCUUUUUUAUUUUUAGGGCAACAUUUUUUGAAAUUAUUUUAAGUCAACGAUGCAGUAUUUUUUUGAAGUCAGUUUUUCUGAAAAGUUAUGUUUUAAUGUAAUGGGUAACCAAUGUAACUUUAGAUUUUAACUGAUACUUUUAUAUUUGAAGUUGACUUUAAAAAGCCAUGAACAGUUAAGUACUCAAAGGUUACAGACUCAAGCAGCUAAUGGAAUAGUAUUUUGUUGUGGUGUCUAGAAUUAAAACACCUUGUAUUAUCUGCAUCUGAAGUAUUUUUUAGCUUUUAACUUAAAGCAUAAAGAGUAACAUUUUAUCUUAAUGCAAGUUACAUCUUCCAUUUGUUAAUGUAUACUGCCUAUUGUAUGACCAAUGUUUAACAUUACCCUCCAAGUUAGUUCUAUGCAUAACCACUCACCAAAUACUGCUGCUGUGGUUUCUAAAGGAAACAUUCUGUGCUGUGCUAUGAUGCAUUGUCAUCUUGCUGCUUGACAAAUAGGUUUAUAAGGAAUUAAAAUUGUGUAUGUUAAUAGUAUCUUUGUAUAGUAAGAUGUAAAAGUAGAGAUGAGGAAUGUGUGUAAGUAAUCAUUGUUUUUGUUUUCAAACUGGUCAAUACUAUAUCUAAAUGUUCUGUGGUUUGUUUAUAUGAUGUUUUAACUUUUACUUUAAA